AUGCUGCAUUAUCAACGCUACCAGCGGCCCAUCCCACCGUCUGUUAAUCGUCGACCUGCCGACCAUAAGACUUUCUCGCGAUUUCGACCUAACAAAUCCGACCCCGAAGACGAAAACUUUGACCCCAUUGCCGAAAAACAGCGAACGCCGCGAAGUGCAAGGAAGCAAACAAGCACACGUCGCCAAAAGAACAGAGGCGCUGCUGGCGGUGCGCGCAGGCGAAACAACCGAUACAAAGGGUCCGACAUUGAGGACGACGACGACGACAUUAGCGAGAGCGAACAAGACGUCUCUUUCGGCGAAGAGGAAGACGAAGAAGAGGAGGACUCAGACGCUCCCGUCAACGCUACGGGAAGGCGGGUGCGCCAGGCUGCCGCGAAACAUCAAUCAUACAGGGAAAGCAGUGAAGACUCAGACGAGGUCCAAUCGUCUGACCAAGAUAAAGACGUAGUCCAGGAGACCGACGAAGAGCAACACAGACCCUCGAUAGAAACUCCUGAACGGAGUCCCAACAACAAGAAGAAGUCUCGCAUCGUCGUGCUAAGCGUCAAGACAGCCGCGAAGCCAAGCUCACAACGAUCAAGACGUGGCACUGCCGCCAAAGAACCAGCAACAAUGGCUCCCCCGACCCGCCGCUCUACUAGAGCCCGGACGGAGGAGACGGACGAGCCGUUGCUCGAGCUUUCCAACUCAGGAAGACAUACCCGCGUCACUCGCGCAUCAAGAAGCAAAUCACCCGAAGCCAUGGGCCACCCCCCCAGAGCUACCCGUGGUGCCAAGGUCGAGACGGAUAUACCCAAUGCCGACAAUGUGGACGAGUUGCCCGGCGACGCGAACAUGACCGAUGCGCCUGCUGACCAUCAGGAAGAACACCAAGAGGGAGCUGCUGAACAGGUCGUGGAGGAUCAAGAUGCUCAACAAGUAGCUCAAGAACAGCCUGCCCAGAUCGAGAGCCAACCAGCAGCGGAAGACGCCGAUGUUGACGACGAAGACGAUGCUCCGAUUACUAGGCGGACUCGUGGGGCUAGAGCCGUCACAUCUAACGUACCUACCUCGAACACAGCUGCAGCAGCUGAGCCAGAGGCUGAAGGACUCAGGAGCCGCUUGAGGCGUGGAUCUCGCCUGAACAAGAGGUCGCUCGCAGAACCUAGUAGUGACUUUGAGCCCGGUGACGAGUCGGGCGAUAACGAAGCCUAUGCCUCGGAGGCUUCAGUCAAGAAGAAGGGUAGUCGUAAGGCUUCCAGUGCCGACGAGUCUGCCGGCACACCCGGUCGUGGACGUUCCACCCGCACCCGCGCUGCCAAGAGGACUCGCCGUGCCCAGGACUCUGGCGAUGAGGAAGUCGAGCCGGAUCCGGAGGAGUUGGCUGAAGAACUCGUAGAUCUUCAUGAGAGCUCACGCUUAGGGCAAGGAAGAACUCGCCGUCGCCGCUCACCUUCCAUUGUCUAUGAGGAGCCCGCCGGCAAGAGACGUCGCACCAACAAGCGUGUCGAUUAUACCAUCCCCCCCAUCGACCUGGCCACCCUCGAUGCUGAAGAGGAUGAGGAGCCAGUGGCAACCCCAGCAAGAGGCCGCAAGAGGAACGCAGGCGCUGCAGGAUGGGAUCGUCCUUUGAACACCACCUAUGGCCCAUUUGGCGGCGCAAAAAGUGGUGCUCUGCUAGGAGGCCCUUGGGGCACCGGCGCCACGGGCGGCGUUGAUUCCGACAGCAGCGACGACGAGAUGGUUCAGCGAGCCGGUCCUGGCCAGAACCCUAUUGGCAUGACGCCCACUUCUGCCGCUCCCCCCGUUGGCUUAUUCAAUCCUGCGGCUCAGACCCAUAACGUGGACGGCUUCGGUGGUAUUGGAGGCGCCACACCUCAAGUUGGCAAGGUGAAGAAUCCCAAGGCGUUUGCGGAUGCGGAUCCUCUUGGCGUCGAUAUGAGCGUCGAUUUCAGCAAAGUUGGUGGUUUGCAAGGCCACAUCGACCAGCUCAAGGAAAUGGUCCAGCUUCCCCUCUUGUACCCCGAACUGUUCACCAGAUUUCACGUUACACCACCACGAGGCGUCCUUUUCCACGGUCCGCCCGGUACCGGUAAGACUCUGCUUGCCAGAGCCUUGGCCAACUCGGUCGGUUCCGGAGGCCGCAAGAUCAGCUUCUACAUGCGCAAGGGAGCUGAUGCUCUCAGCAAAUGGGUUGGUGAGGCUGAGAAGCAGCUGAGGUUGCUCUUCGAGGAAGCUCGGAGGACGCAGCCAAGUAUUAUCUUCUUCGAUGAGAUUGAUGGCCUGGCUCCUGUGCGGUCUAGCAAACAAGAGCAGAUCCAUGCCAGUAUUGUCUCUACCCUGCUGGCGUUGAUGGAUGGUAUGGAUGGCCGUGGCCAAGUCAUCGUCAUCGGUGCCACUAACCGCCCCGACAACAUCGACCCUGCCUUGCGUCGUCCCGGCCGUUUCGACAGAGAGUUCUACUUCCCCCUUCCUGAUAUCGAAGGCAGGCGAUCGAUUCUCGACAUCCACACUAAGGACUGGGGUCUGUCGAAUGAUUUCAAAAACGAGUUGGCCCAGGUCACCAAGGGAUUCGGUGGUGCUGAUCUCCGCGCCCUUUGCACCGAGGCAGCUCUGAACGCCAUUCAGAGGACAUACCCCCAGAUCUACACCUCUAAGGAGAAGCUUGUUGUCAACCCCGAGAAGAUCAACAUUGAGGCGUCCGAUUUCAUGCGAGCGAUCAAGAACAUGGUCCCAUCAUCUGAACGUUCGGCCUCAUCCGGUGCCAUGACCAUUCCCAAAUUCAUCAAGCCACUUCUGGAGAAGCAGUUCGAAGCUCUCGUUGCGCAGCUCGAUAGGGUUUUGCCUCGCCCAAAGAAGACCACCGCGCUUGAGGAGGCCAUGUAUGAGCCGUAUAAGGAUCUCGAUGGCGGGUUCGAGAGGGAGCAGAUGAGUCAGGAUUUCCAGAGGUCGCGUAUCUAUCGCCCUCGCCUGCUCCUUUGCGGAGUGGCCGGUAUGGGACACAAUUAUCUGUCAAAGGCUGUUUUGCAUCACUUGGAAGGUGUUCACAUUCAGGAUUUUGGUUUGCCUGUUCUGCUGAGUGAUUCAAGGCCCGCUGAACAAGCCAUUGUGAGCCUCUUCACCGAGGUCAAGCGACACAAGCCGAGUGUCAUCUUCAUCCCUAAUGUGGAUGCUUGGUGGGCGACCCUCAGCGAUGCCGCCCUGACGACAUUCACCACGAUGCUCAAAGGCAUCCCACCUACUGAGCCCAUUCUUGUACUCGGCACAGUGGAGACGAUGCCUGAACUUGUCCCAGCAGAGAUUAUGACCGAGCUGUUCGGCUUCUCGAAAAGGAACCGCCCCGUUAUCCCCGGUCCGGACCGCGAACAGCGUGUUAUGUUCUUUCUUCCCGUCAUCCAGCACCUGUGGAAGGCCCCUGAAGAAUUCCCGGAUCUCUCCAAUCGCAAGAUGCGGGUGCUCGACAAACUGCCGGUUGCCCCGCCGCCGCCACUCAGGGUUCCUACCAAGGAGGAGGUCAAGCUUCAGCGAAAGUGGGAUUUUCACGCCCUGAACUUGCUGAAGGCCAGGCUGCAACCGAUUAUGGAUCAGAUCCAGCGCAGAUAUCGCAAAUUCAGACAGCCCGUCAUUCCCCCCAACACGAUCAGCUACCUUUUCCAGGAGUCUGAUCCCAACUAUGUCCGUCCCGACGUGGGCGAACAGGAGCAGCGGCCUUUUGUCAUCUCAAAGGACCAAAAUGGCGUUGCCGGUCUUCUGGACACCAAGACGGGCAAGUUUUACUACAACCUUGAUUCUACCACAAUCGAGGAACGCUUGGCCAAUGGCUAUUAUGCCCGUCCGAUGGACUUCUACGAGGAUGUUAGGCGUUUGCUCCUCGAUGUCAAGACUAUCGGCGAUAAGGACUACCUCCCGAAGGCGAGCGAGAUGGUUACAAAUGUGGAGAUUGAUGUGUUUGAUAUCGACCUUAGCUUCAAAGCACAAGGCGUCAACUUUGAGGAUAUCUACCAGAGGCAGCUCGAGAGAGCGAGGAAGGCCGAAGAGCGUCAGCGCAAGAAGGCGGCUUUCAAGCCCAUGAUCGACAAGAUCCAGUCUGACUUUGCCGAGACCCAGGCGGAUAGUGAUUCUCAGGGUCCUGUCGGUGUUGGAUUGCCCAUGGCCAACCAGACUGGCCACACAACGGCGGCUAGAUUCCAGGUCAUUGCGAGCCCCAAGUCGAACGGAAACCCCAAUUCCUCCGGAUCGCACCCUCUCACUAACGGAACGUCGAACCCUUCCAACCAAGGCGAGACGGGCCAGACAGUGGAGGAGGAAAGCACUUUGCUCUUCUCACAGGGAGUUGAGAUCAGCUCGCCGCUUAGAUAUCGACAUGCUCAACAACAACAACAGCAGCAGGGCAGAAUCGUUACAGAGUCCACGAGAGCGACGGUCGGCACAUUUUCUCAGAGAUCGGUGCUUACUUCGGUGCCCCCCGGAGUCUCGCCGGCUGCCAUCCAAAAUGAUGCUUCAAGCACCAGAACGUCUGACCCCAGCUCGGACCGUGGCGAGUGGAGCACGCAGCAGACAAAUGGCCAGCACAGCAUCCCUCGCGGAACAUCGCAGUUAACUGAGAGCCAGGAGACGAAAAUCAACCGCACGGCCGCAUCGCUCGUUGUCGAGACCGGCAGUCAAAGCCAAAGCCAGAACAACUCUUCUGGCAGUAGUGGCCCGUGGCCUCAUUCACAGAUGGCUGGUAUUGCGCAGGGCGUUUUACUGCCGCCUGUACCUGAGGAGGCCGAGGCCCACGAGACUAGCGAAGCUCCGGCUGAUGGCCUCCGUUCGUCGUCCUCCAAGGACCAACCCCAACAGGGUGGCGGUAACGGCGACAGUCAAAGCAGCAAGCCUAGCAACGACACUCCGGACAGCCAACAGAGUAUCGCGGAAGGCAUACGCCUUAGGACACUUGCGAUCGCAGACUGUCUCGAAAGGGUUCUGCACGGCCCCGUCCGCCCUGGCAGCACCGGCAAGAGGACGGAUAGCUCCCCGUACAUGAACAACAGCCCGGCCCUUGGCCGCAACAACGUCCACCUUCCUCCCGGUCGUCGUGGCACCACGGAAUCGUCCCAGCAGACUAUCCUUAAUGAUGGUAAGGUCUGCGAAUUCUGGUCCUCGCUCGUCGACCGCACGGCCGGCUGCACCAUUGAGCAGAUGGAGCAGAUCCACAGUCAGCUCAUGUAUAUGAUCUGGGAGCACCGCCACGAGUGGAAUCGCAUGCGUCUUCUGUCGAUGCUCGUCGACAACUUCAACGACACUUUUGCCGACAUCCAACUUGUGCAGGGCAUCCGGUUUGAUGCCCAGGGCCAAGAGCAGCGUGAGCGUGAGAGGAAAGAACUUGAGGCCGCUAAGAGCUCGUUGCAAACUUCUGCUCAGUUUCAGCAGGGUCAACUAACCCAGGCUCAAAGUGCCGUUGCUGCUGUUCCUGUUGGCGCACCUACCUCUACUGGCGCUGCUGCCGCUGUUCCCGUCGGCGCUCCAGCCUCUACUGCUGCCGCUGUUGCUGGCGGAGGUAUUCCGACCCCUAAUCCUACUAUUGCUUCGGCCUCUGCCCCUCCUACCGUAGCCCCUUCUGUUACUAAUGUUCCUGCCGUGGCUGGAAAUGGCGACAGCCAGGGUACCGGUAGCAGCACCAGUAACAGCCAGAAGAGUGCCGGUUCCAGUAACAGCCAGAAGAGCAAGAGUGGUAGUGGUACUGGCAGCGGCAGUGCAAAGACCAGUAGCCAGAAGACGCCUACUAGCAAUAGUACCAGCCAGAAGAGCAACAAGUCGGGCAGAGCUGCGGCGGAGGAUGAUGGGUUGCCUUAUUUCUUUCUGAGGUAG